UUCAGCAAGUUGUGACAGCAAGACCACACCUCCUCGACUGUGUCAUGUAAGCAUGCAGUCAAGGUGACGCUAAAGCAGAGCAGCACGAGGACGCAGCAUGGCCGCAACACGUCCAGCAGCAGCAAUAACAACAACAACAUGCCGGCAGCUGACAUUGUGACAGGAUGCACAUCGCAGAUUUUGUGUCCGGCUCGUUGGCAGGGGCCUGCGGCGUGGCGGUGGGAUACCCUCUGGACACUGUCAAGGUGCGGAUCCAAACCCAGAAACAGUUCAGUGGAAUAGUACAGUGUGUGAUGGUCACCUUUUCCAAAGAAGGGGUGCACGGCUUCUUCAAAGGCAUGUCACUACCCGUCACCACCAUCUCCAUCACGUCGUCUGUGGUGUUCGGCACCUACAGGAACUGUCUGCAGUGUCUGAAGCAGGCCAGAGGAGCUGUGAGCGGUCCCAACACCAAACGAGAAGUCUUCCUGUCUGGCCUGGCAGGUGGAAUUAUGCAAACGUUAGUCCUGUCCCCAGGUGACAUCGUCAAAGUGCGUCUCCAGUGUCAGACUGAGUCCAGGAGGCGACAAGGCAGCUCAGCCCAUCCCAAGUACCGCGGUCCCAUCCACUGCCUGCUGAGCAUUGUCAGAGAAGAGGGCUUCCGGGGUCUCUACAGGGGGGUCAUGCCUCUCAUGCUUAGGGACGGACCGUCCUUCGCCACCUACUUUUUGACCUACGCCAGCGUUUGUGAAUGGCUGACAGAGAGUGGCAGAGAGAAGCCAGCCUGGGGCGUGGUGAUGCUGGCUGGGGGCGUGGCAGGAAUGGCGGGGUGGACCCUUGGCACGCCAAUGGACAUCAUCAAGGCACGCCUACAGAUGGACGGCGCCCGGGAGAGGAAGCGCUACCGAGGUUUUUUUCACUGCAUCGCCGAGACUGCGCGCACCGAGGGCCCCAGCGUCUUCUUCCGGAGCUGGGGCAUCAACUGCCUGCGCGCCUUCCCAGUCAACAUGGUGGUGUUUGUCAUGUAUGAGCUGCUCACCCACAUCCUGCAAGACACGCAUGACAGUGUGCCCCCUUCACGGGUCAGCCUGGAAUAACAGAACAUUGUACCUGGAAAAGAGAUCCCACCUGAAUAUUAAAUAUUUUAUCAUAAAACGUUUGAAUAAUGUACAAAGCAACAUUUGGUUACAUAUAUGUUUAAAAAGAAGUGCGAGUGUUAUAAUAAUAUCAUGUUAGGUUAGCUUACCGUAUUUUCCGCACUAUAAGGCGCACCUAAAAACCACAAAUUUUCUCAAAAGCUAACAGUGCGCCUUAUAACCCGGUGCGCUUUAUUACGAUUAAUUUUCAUAAAGUUUCGAUCUCGCAACUUCGGUAAACAGCCGCCAUCUUUUUUCCCGGUAGAACAGGAAGCGCUUCUUCUUCUACGCAAGCAACCGCCAAGGAAAGCACCCGCCCCCAUAGAACAGGAAGCGCUUCACCCGCCCCCGGAAGAAGAAGAAAAAACGCGCGGAUAUCACCGUACGUUUCAUUUCCUGUUUACAUCUGUAAAGACCACAAAAUGGCUCCUACUACGCGAC